ACUUCAAAUGGAUAUUAAAGCCUCAGGCAAUAAAAACCUCACUUCCCUCCCCUCUUAAAUCUGAUCGCCAGUGCACGGCCCAGCCUCGCGCAAAAUAAUUCCCCAAACGCGACACUCAUCGCAUCGCAUUGGCAACCAAUUUAUCAAGCCAUCCAUUCCCCUCUUUUCCAAUCACAAAUCCACAACUAUCAACACAAUGCCCUCAAGAACGCCCUCACCUGCUCCACGGGGUCGCUCCCGAGUUUCACGUUCACGAACACCAUAUUCUAGCGCAUCUCGUUAUUCAAGGUCGCGCAGCCGUUCUCCACGCCGUUCGAUUUCUCCCCGUUCGAGAUCUAGAUCUGGAGGUAGAGCGAGUCGUUCUAGAAGUGUAGUUGGUACUGGUAAAAAUGGAGGUGGCAGAUACAGAAGUGAAAGUCGCGGGAGGAGUUUAAGUCCUAGAGGACGGAGCAGAACCCGAAGUAGAAGCCGGGAGAGAAGUGAGAGUGCCGUCGCUGGCGUGAGGAGUACUAAGGUUUGUUUGCUCGCGGUUAUUUUCUACAUUCUCCCACUUGGAAGUAUUUAUUGAAAACUGGAGUUUUUUGGUAGUAGAUUCGACAUAUAAAUGCUAACAAUCAAUUCUGCUUGCAGGUUGUAAUUGAGAAACUUACCAAAAAUGUUACUGAAGAUCAUCUUCGUGAAAUAUUUGGUACUUAUGGUGAGAUCAAAGAUUUAGAUGUGCCCAUGAACAGAAGUUGUAAGUUUCUCUAUCCAUACUCUAAUAUUCCCAUUUACAACAAGAAUAUCAGCUAACAUUAUUUGUAAGUCAAUACCAAUCGCGGUACCGCUUAUAUUCUUUACGUUUCCGCCGAAUCCGCCGAAUCCGCUAUAGCACAUAUGCAUGAAUCACAGCUCGAUGGCGCUAUUAUAAAUGUAUCAAUUGUUUUACCCCGCCGCAAGUUCAGCCCACAACCACCUAUGGCUCGCCGUGGAGUAAAUAUUGAUCCAAGAAUCCCACUUGGCAGUGGUAGGAGUUCUCGUGGCGGUUUCGAUUCUAGAGGUGGUGGAGGUGGAAUGGGAGGAGGAAGACUGGUGGACAGGGAUAGAGGUGGUGAUACUUAUAGACCUGGCGAGAGAAAUCGUGAGAGAUCAAGAAGCCCCCGGAGACACAGAACGAGAAGUCGAAGUUUGAGUAGUCGAUCACGGUCGAGAUCACCGUUACCGAGGAGAGAUAGAGUAAGAGACAGACGAGAUAGUUUUGGAGGUCGUGGAGGCAGGGGUGGAAGAGAUAAGGAUGGAAGUAGAGAUGGUAGAAGGAGGAGAAGCCCUAGUUAUAGUAGCUAUAGUAGCUAUGAUGACAGGAGUCGAAGUAGAAGUCGGGGUCGUGGUGGAGGAGGUGGUGGAAGAGGAAGACGUUAAUAAGGUUAAGAUGAAGUUAGGUCAAUUGCAGAAAUGGGAUUUCAGACAUCGCGAGACAAUCGAAAUUUUACGAAGGACUGAUCCGGAGCUAAGAGGAAUUCGAAGCAAAAAAGUGUACAAGAUAUUUAAUUUCACUCAGCUGUGUACUAUUGUAAUGUAGCUAUGUAGCGAAGGAGUUUGGGAUUUCGAACCCAAAAAUGGAUGAGCUAACAGGGCCAUCCAAAAUCAAUAAUGAAUUAUAAACUUUGUCUAGAGUGCAACAAGCGUUGGUACUCUUAAUCGC